AUGGCGCUCAGGAAGCAGCUGGAAGACGCCAAGAAGCGCAGCGCCGACUCCGGAGUCGAACCGGAUCGGAACGUCUUGAGCAAAGAGCAAAGGCACCAACGGAUCAGCCUCUUUCUGCAGGAUUUCGACCACCAAGCAAAAGAACACCUACAAGAGAUGAAAAAAGAACUGGCUUCACUUCUCCAGAUGGCUGAGAAAGCCUUCAGAGUGGAGCUGCUGGCUCUGCCUCCAGCCAUGAGAAAAAUGAAGAGGAAAGACUUGUUGGAUCUAAAAGAGGAAGAUGCAGCUGCAGCAACAGCUGUGGCCACUUUGGAGAAAAGCAACUGUGGCAUUGGAAACCUGCACAGUCCCAGAUUAAUAAGGACAAACAGCAAGCGAGUUAAAGUCACCACAAUUGUGGAAUAUAAGGAAGCAAAAGAGGAUCAGGGGACACAAAGCAAGAAAACAUCUCAGAAGAUCUUUAAAACCAAGUCACUGACUUCUGCCAUCACCGAUAAAAAAGGCAUUCUCUGCAGGUCUGCAUCUGUAUGUUCCACUCCAAACAUGAGACGCAUUGAGCGAUCAGCUUCUCUGCGUGAGCCGCCGAGAUCUACUCCCAGGUUCACCAGCUCAAGCUCUAAAAGAUUUGCACAGAGGGGGAUCUCCACAGGAAACUCAGAGAGAACUCAGAGUUCCAGUCUUCGCAGUUCUUCGAUGCCCCCCGAACGAUCCCUUCCUUUUGUCAACAUACCUCUGAGCGAUGGGCAGACUCUUUGCUCAUCUGGUGAGGACAUCCAAAACAUUGAUGUGCAGCUGUUAAAUAAUGACACUGUCCAGCACAUCCACACCCUGGUGAACCAGCUGACGGCCCUUUGUGGAAAAGCAACAGUUAAGUAA